UCCAAAGAACUCCAGGUCAAGCGUCAGUUCCAGGACACGUGCAAGAUCCAGACGCGACAGUACAAGGCCCUGCGCAACCACCUGCUGGAGAACACGCCCAAGUCGGACCACAAGGCAGUGCUCAAGCGCCUGAAGGAUGAGCAGACGCGUAAGCUGGCCAUCCUGGCCGAGCAGUACGACCACUCCAUCAAUGACAUGCUGUCCACACAGGCUGUGAGUAAGGCAAGGAGACAUCAUUCACACUUUGCACCGCACCACCUCCAACCCACCGUAGCACCUUACCCACCCCUGCCUUGGCAUGUGAGGGCAUGCGAGCCAGCUGCCUGCACUCCUGGCUGUCCCUUGACUUGACACCCUCACACCACUUUCUUCGACCUCACUUACAGUGCAUUCGGAAAGUAUUCAGACCCCUUGACUUUUUCUCUAAAAUGGAUUAAUGUGUGUUGGCGAAUUACAGGUGGAUAUCCUUGAUCUAGAAAAUGUGGUAAAGAUCUACACUGAAACAAAUAAUGCUUUGUAAAUUAUAGACAUUUUAUCAUAGGACUGGAUGGUUUCAAAUACUAAUGUUAAUUAGCUAGCUAGCUAGUUAUUCUACUCAUCAAGGCCUUUUAAAAUAGGAAGUCAACUUGGCUGUUUACAGCUAGCAUUAGACAACUAGCUAAGAAUAGUAGCUAAGACUUGAAUGUCUCUCUGUUUGAUAACAUUAACUAACUAGGUCAAAGCAAUGUAUAGCCAGAUAUUUCUGGCAUAGUCGUAAAUAGCUAGCUAGCUAAAUAACGGGCUAGGCAGCUAACGUUAUAACUUUUAGGACCUAGAUAUUUUUGUUGACAGGAAAAACGAUUAUUAGUAAUGUCAGCUAACAGGAUAGCCUCUUCACCCUGGGAGACCUGUAAGUUACACAUCAUUGGUGUAUCCAAUGUGUACUGGGAGUGAAGAGGCUACUAGCAGGAGGAAUUAAACGCUAACUAGCAAGCCUGUAGCUAGUUAACAGUGUUGCAUUACCGAAUGUUCAAGUCUGUAGCUAGCUGGCCAAGUAGCGACCUUUGGCUAGUUUGGUUGUCUGUGACCUAACGUUAGCUAACUAGAUAGUUAGAUAAUUUGCUAGCAAAGGUAGUGUCUGUUAAUAUCUGCAAUACAAUGGUACCAUUCGCUAACUUAACUAGCUAACAUUGCCUAGCUAGCUACAACGUUAACGUAGAUUAAAAAGGGAAUACAAUGAUUUAUUUGGUUACAAUGACUGAAAGCUCUAUCAAACUAGCUAGCUGUAUACACUAAAUAUACAAAAGUAUAUGGACACCCCUUCAAAUUAGUGGAUUUGGCUAUUUCAGCCACACCCAUUGCUGACAGGUGUAUAAAAUCGAGCACACCACCAUGCAAUCUCCAUACACAAACAUUGGCAGUAGAAUGGCCUUACUGAAGAGCUCAGUGACUUUCAACGUGGCACCAUCAUAGGAUGCCACCUUUCCAACAAGUCAGUUCUUCAAAUUUGUACCCUGCUAGAGCUGCCCCAGUCAACUGUAAGUGCUGUUAUUGUGAAGUGGAAACAUCUAGGAGCAACAACGGCUCAGCCGUGAAGUGGUAGGCCACCCAAGCUCAUAGAACGGGAGCGUAGAGCAUAGAAAUCGCCUGUCCUCGGUUGCAACACUCACUACCGAGUUCCAAACUGCCUCUGGAAGCAACGUCAGCACAAUAACUGUUCGUCGGGAGCUUCAUGAAAUGGGUUUCCAUGGCCGAGCAGCCGCACACAAGCCUAAGAUUACCAUCCGCAAAGCCAAGAGUCAGCUGGAGUGGUGUAAAGCUCGCCACCAUUGGACUGGAUCAGUGGAAACGCUUUCUCUGGAGUGAUGAAUCACGCUUCACCACCUUGCAGUCCAACGGACGAAUCUGGGUUUGGCGAAUGCAAGGAGAACGCUACCUGCCCGAAUGCAUAGUGUCAAUUUUAAAGUUUGGUGGAGGAGGAAUAAUGGUCUGGGGCUGUUUUUCAUUGUUCAGGCUAGGCCCCUUAGUUCCAGUGAAGGGAAAUCUUAAUGCUACAGCAUACAAUGACAUUCUACACGAUUCUGUGCUUCCAACUUUGUGGCAACAGUUUGGGGAAGGCCCUUUAAUAUUUCAGCAUGACAAUGCCACCGUGCACAAAGCGAGGUCCAUACAGAAAUGGUUUGUCGAGAUCGGUGUGGAAGAACUUGACUGGCCUGCACAGAGCCCUGACCUCAACCCGAUCGAAUACCUUUGGGAUGAAUAGGAACGCAGACUGCGAGCCAGGCCUAAUCGCCCAAUAUCAGUGCCCGACCUCACUAAUGCUUGUGGCUGAAUGGAAGCAAGUCCCUGCAGCAAUGUUCCAACAUCUAGUGAAAAGCCUUCCCAGAAGAGGGGAGGCUGUUAUAGCAGCGAAGGGAGGACCAACUCAAUAUUAAUGCUCAUGAUUUUGGAAUGAGAUGUUCGACGAGCAGGUGUCCACAUACAUCUUAUGGGGGGGAUAGUUAUAUCUUAUGAAAUAGUUAGCUAGGUAGCUAUCAAUGUUCAGCUAGCUAGGUGGCUAGCUAGUACCACUAUGUUCGAUGUUUAACAUUGUUAGCUAGCUAGACACAAACAGAACGAUGCAUAGAAUGAUCUGCACAAAAAGGCAACCAAACAAGAUCUAUAUGCUAACUACAAACCCCUUUGGUCUGUUUUAACUAACAUUAGCUAUCUAGCAAGCUAACGUCACUGCCCAGAGACAGUUUCAAUAAACAAAGCGUCAACUAUUACCUUAACAUAAUAGCUAGUUAGUAGUGAUGUUAUGUUUGAUACCGGAGCUCCGAGGCAUGCGUCGAAAUCACUAAGCAGCUAACUUUGAAGCAGUGUGCCUUCUUCUUCGUUUGGCUUUCGGGCAGACUAGAUGCUGUGUUGUGUAUCGCUGCCUUUUGCAGGUCGCAGUGCGGAUUGCACAUUUUGGUAACCAAAAACAAUGGAAAACAGGAAUGGGAAAAACUUUAAUUGCACCACCAUCUAACCCUGUACCUAUACACUAUCCCCAAAAACCCACCACCCCAUCCCACUACUUGGCCCUAAACGAUUCUACACCAGGCCCUUGGCCUGGGAGGAUGGAACCCCCUCUCUCAAAACUUCCUCUAGAUCUUCUGCACUAAAAUCUCUCACACCCAAAUAUUUGUCUUCUGCUGCAACUACCACAUCUAUCUUCUGUGAUUUCCACUCCAUCAGUGCAGUGCAGUUAAUCACCAUGGCUAUAAAUGCAAGAAAUCUAACCUUGCAAUAAAUCUCAUCCUCUCUGGCUCUCUCUCUUCAGGCCUACUCACUGGGGGCCUCCCAGUCUUCUCACUCACCGUUGGGCUAUCCUACACUCUUCACUGCCUCAGCAUAGGAAACGUUCUGCCCCACUUGAACUCUGGCAAUCCCAACCUGUCUCUCUCUCACAGGGCACUUCGGACCCGAGCUGCAUGGACACCCCCAGAUUUGACACACAAUGCUUUCUCUAUUCCAACUGUACACUCCCUCUAACUAUGCCCUCCUGCACAUUUCUCACAUCAUGGGAUCUCCCUUCUACCCACUGCUGCGUGUCCGAAUCCUUGGCACCUAAAGCACUGAAGUGGGUUCGGAACAUAGGCCCUCACAGAAUAGCAAAUAUAACCUAACCUGACCUUAUCAGGUAGAAACUCUGUGUCAAAGCUCAACAAGACAGACGGGUUAUUCUCAGUCUCACCAUACGACGAGAAUCACAGACUACACUCAACUCUACCCCACUGAUCACCCUUUUUAGCGGCGCCCUGCUCCGGAGAGCAAAGAACACUACACGUUGAGCUCCAAGCUACGUGACUCGAAGCGCCCGCUUCCUCUGGGAGGUGGAUACACACACAAUCUAAACAAUUCCACUUCUCGAAAUGCCGCCGCCUACUGUAAUGGAGUGUGUAGUCAAUCAAAGCUUACAGACUAAAUGAAUAAAGAAACCAACAUUAAGAAAAACAAAACCCUCCUACCUAAUCCUGUUCUACUAAGAAAAAGAAAAAAAAGAGCCCUACUGACUUCUAACAAACCCUCACCCAUCCCCCAUCUUGUUCACGGACAAGCUAAACACCUUCUUCGCCCGCUUUGAGGAUAACACAGUGCCACCGACGCGGCCCGCUCCCAAGGACUGUGGGCUCUUGUUCUCCGUGGCCGACGUGAGAAAGACAUUUAAGCGUAUUAACCCUCGCAAGGCUGCCGGCCCAGACGGCAUCCCUAGCCGCGUCCUCAGAGCAUGUGCAGACCAGCUGGCUGGAGUGUUUAUGGACAUAGUCAAUCUCUCCCUAUCCCAGUCUGCUGUCCCCACUUGCUUCAAGAUGUCAACCAUUGUUCCUGUACCCAAGAAAGCAAAGGUAACUGAACUAAGUUACUAUCGCCCCGUAGCACUCACCUCUGUCAUCAUGAAGUGCUUUGAGAGGCUAAUUAAGGAUCAUAUCACCUCCACCUUACCUGACUCCCUAGACCCACUUCAAUUUGCUUACCGCCCCAAUAGAUCCACAGACGAUGCAAUCGCCAUCGCACUGCACACUGCCCUAUGCCAUCUGGACAAGAGGAAUACCUACGUCAGAAUGCUGUUCAUUGACUAUAGCUCAGGCUUCAACACCAUAGUACCCUCCAAGCUCAUCAUUAAGCUCGGGUCCGAACACCGCCCUGUGCAACUGGGUCCUGGACUUCCUGACAGGCCGCCCCCAGGUGGUGAAGGUCGGAAACAACACCUCCACUUCGCUGAUCCUCAACACAGGGGUCCCACAAGGGUGCGUGCGCAGCCCCCUCCUGUACUCCCUGUUCACCCAUGACUGCGUGGCCACACACGCCUCCAAAUCAAUCAUCAGGUUUGCAGACGACAUAACAGUAGUAGGCUUGAUUACCAACAACGACGAGACAGCCUACAGGCGGAGGUGAGGGCCCUGGCGGAGUGGUGCCAGGAAAAUAACCUCUCCCUCAGGUGGAAAGCUUCAAGUUCCUCAGCAUACACAUCACUGACAAUCUGAAAUGGUCCACCCACACAGACAGUGUGGUGAAGAAGGCACAACAGCACCUCUUCAACCUCAGGAGGCUGAAGAAAUUUGGCUUGGCCCCUAAGACGCUCAGAAACUUUUACAGAUGCACAAUUGAGAGCAUCCUGUCAGGCUGUAUCACCGCCUGGUAUGGCAACUGCACCGCCCGCAACCGCAGGGCUCUCCAGAGGGUGGUGCGGUCUGCCCAACGCGUCACCGCGGGAACACUGCCUGCCCUCCAAGACACCUACAGCAACCGAUGUCACAGGAAGGCCAAAAAGAUCAUCAAGGACAUCAACCACCCGAGCCAUGGCCUGUUCACCCCGCUAUCAUCCAGAAGGAGAGGUCAGUACAGGUGCAUCAAAGCUGGGACCGAGAGACUGAAAAACAGCUUCUAUCUCAAGGCCAUCAGACUGUUAAAUAGCCAUCACUAGCCGGCUACCACCCAGUCACUCAACCCUGCACCUUAGAGGCUGCUGCCCUAUAUACAUAGACAUGGAAUCACUGGCCACUUUAAUAAUGGGACACUAGUCACUUUAAUAAUGUUUACAUACUGCUUUACUCAUUUCAUAUGUAUAUACUGUAUUCUAUUCUACUGUAUUUUUGUCAAUGCCACUCUGACAUUGCUCGUGCUAAUAUUUAUAUAUUUCUUAAUUCCAUUAAUUUACUUUUAGAUUUGUGUGUAUUGUUGUGAAUUGUUAGAUACUACUGCACUGUUGGAGCUUGGAACACAAGCAUUUCGCUACACCCGCAAUAACAUCUGCUAAAUAUGUGUAGAUGACCAAUAAAAUUUGAUUUUAUUUGAUUUUUGAUUUGCUUGCCAACCAGAUGUAAUGAUGAGCAAACACCACCUCUUCCUUCCUAAUCUGACCUUUGAAUCUUGGUCCACCGACCUUUCUUUGGAGGGCAUAUAAAUGCCGUCCCUUGGGCUCGCUUUCCCACCUCUUCUGCCACACAUACAGUAUAUCAUAAUGGCUCUAACCUUACAUUUGUAUCGAACUUGACUGUGUAUCAGGGUUCCCCAAAUGUAUGCAUUUUUAAAUCAUUAUAUAGUUCAUAAACUAGUUAUGUAAUUGUAAGAUCUUUUUACAGUUGGGCUAUUGUCUGUAACUUAAACUGUUAAGGAGCUGUACCAUUUUGAAAAACAAUCACUUUAGGCAGCCAUUGAUAGCAAUGUUGUUUCCUGUCAUUUUAAAUAGUUAUAGUGCAAUAAUAAUGUUUGGUGACAUGAUAUGUGCUAUUAUCAGACCUUCCAGGAAAAAACCCUGUAUUAUUUAUUUUUUUAACUACGUUUUAAGUGAAAUAUUAGCUUUUGUCUGAAGCCUAAAAAGACAGGAAAUUCAAAAGAUAAUUUGUCCUAUGCACUAACAAUGCUUUUCAGCAUAAGCAGCUUGACUACUGCUAGAGUACUGUAGCUUUAUUGUUGUACUGUACUUCAACAACAGAUGUACUCACAUUGGAUGGGUUGAUUAGGAUUCAAACCUCCUCUCAAACAGCCUAAUACAUACUCUUAGAGUAGGUUUACUCCAUUAAUGUACUUGGUAAUGUAAGAAAGACAUCAUCCCAUUUCACUCAUUUAAACAUUAUGGGGAGGUUUUCCCGGACACAGAUUAAGCCUAGCCCUGGACUAAAAAGCAAGAUCAAUGGAAAAUAUAUUUGUAUUCUAUUUAUACACUACAUGACCAAAAGUAUGUGGAAACCUGAUCGUCGAACAUCUCAUUCCAAAAUCACGGGCAUUAAUAUGGAGUUGGUCCCUCCUUUGCUGCUAUAACAGCCUCCACUCCUCUGGGAAGGCUUUCCACUAGAUGUUGGAACAUUGUUGUGGGGACUUGCUUCCAUUCAGCCACGAGCGUUACUGAGGUCGGGCACUGAUGUUAGGCAAUUAGGCCUGGCUUGCAGUCAGCUUUCCAAUUCAUCCCAAAGGUGUUCGAUGGGGUUGAGGUCAGGGCUCUGUGCAGGUCAGUCAAGUUUUUCCACACCAAUCUCGAUAAACCAUUUCUAUAUGGACCUCGCUUUGUGCACGGGGGCAUUGUCAUGCUGAAAGAGGAAAGGGCCUUCCCCAAACUGUUGCCACGAAGUUGGAAGCACAGAAUCGUCUAGAAUGUCAUUGUAUGCUGUAGCGUUAAGAUUUUCCUUCCCUGGAACUAAGCGUCCUAGCCCGAACCAUUAUUCCUACUCCAUCAAACUUUACAAUUGGCACUAUGCAUUCGGGCAGGCAGCAUUCUCCUGGCAUCCGCCAAACCCAGAUUCGUCCGUCGGACUGCCAGAUGGUGAAGCGUGAUUCAUCACUCCAGAGAACGGGUCUCCACUGCUCCAGAGUCCAAUUGCUGCGAGCUUUACACCACUCCAGCUGACGCUUGGCUUUGUGCAUGGUGAUCUUAGGCUUGUGUGCGGCUGCUCGGCCAUGAAAAUCCAUUUCAUGAAGCACCUGGCAAACAGUUAUUGUGCUGACGUUGCUUCCAGAGGCAGUUUGGAACUCGGUAGUGAGUGUUGCAACCGAGGACAGACGAUUUUGCUUCAGCACUCGGCGGUCCUGUUCUGUGAGCUUGUGUGGCCUACCACUUCGUUGCCAAGCCGUUGUUGCUCCUAGACGUUUCCACUUCACAAUAACAGCACUUACAGUUGACCGGGGCAGCUCUAAAUUUGACGAACUGACUUGUUGGAAAGGUAGCAUCCUAUGACGGUCCCAAGUCACUGAGCUCUUCAGUAAGGCCAUUCUACUGCCAAUGUUUGUCUAUGGAGAUUGCAUGGCUGUGUGCUGGAUUUUAUACACCUGUCAGCAACGGGUGUGGCUGAAAUAGCCAAAUUCACUUAUUUUAAGGGGUGUCCACAUACCUUUGUAUAUAUAGUGUAUGUGCAGGUUACACCCCAUACACCCCAUACCGACUAGUAGGGCACAACGUUGUGGAAUAUUCAGAUAUAAAUAUAUGAUGGAGAACAAAUACUCCUCUCUGACAUUCAGAAAAAGGAAUCUUGUCACCUCUAUUCAUGACAUUUCUAUCUGUAAGGUUCCACAGCGUUGCACCCUCCUGAACAGACCCCGGUUCCGUGCAUCUGUUAGGUCCUCAUGUAGCACCACCACACGUCCAUGGCACUCAAACAAGCCAAACCCCCUUUCUCUGCCCCCACACGUCCUCACAUCUGCUGGAAAAUUACAUAACAUGUCUUGUGUCCUCAAAUAGCAGAUACGCAAGUCACACCUUCCUGUCUGUCCCCACAUUCAGUGGCACAGAUCUGCCAUCUGUCAUGUCCUCGUGUAACACCUCACAUAGGCCACACACACCCCUGUCCCUAUCCUCACCACACUCCUCCACUUGGUAGGCUCGAAGCCAAAGGCCUAUUCACAAGCUAUACCCAGCGCUAUACAGUCUACUGUUUCUAUAUUAUCUCUACUGUAUCUCUAUCAUCAAUACCCCAGCAUGUAUCAAACAAACUAUGACACCCUAUUCAUGUCACACAAUACAACACUGUUAUUUCCCCAUCAUACACUCAUGGAAAGAAGUCGAGGGCACUCAGCCAUCACACACUCAACCACAUUCACUCACAAACCACUACCUCGUCAAUAAUAUUUACCCAAAACAUGUCACAUUUUAAUUUAGUAACUAACACACCUUCCUCACACUAAGAUAGACAUCCCAUUCAAAUACGCCACAUCCCCUGUCCUGACCCUCUGUCUCCCUAUACCCUAUUCCUAAGUAACUCCCUUUUCCACUUCCUCCACCUAUCUUUAUACUGACACCCCACCCUAUUUGCCACUCUGUCUCCAGCUCCGAUUGGAUGAGACACAGGAGGCAGAGUACCAGGUGCUGCGGAUGCAGCUGCAGCAGGAGUUGGAGCUGCUCAACGCCUACCAGAGCAAGAUCAAGAUCCACACCGACUCGCAGCAUGAGCAGGAGGCCAAGGACCUGGAGCAGAGGGUGUCCAUCCGCCGGGCACUGCUGGAGCAGAGAGUAGGUGUAGGGUGAAGUUGCCCCUAGACGCUGAUCUGGGGUCAGUUUUGCUUUCCACCCACAAAUGGUUAGAGUUAGGAGAGGGGAAACUGGUCCUAGAUCUGUACCAAGGGGAAACAUCACCCCGGAGCCAGGGGUGGAGAGAUACAGCCGGUCCAAAAUCGCUCCCUAUCCAUCCCCUUAACCCUUUCGAUGUUAGCGUGUCUGAAGGGUCUGGAUAGGUAUAACCAGUGUGGUGGAGGAGCUUCCACCAUAUUGCUUCCACCUUACAGAUUUGCAAACAUCAAAGGAUUAGGGCCAAAAGGAGGGUUAGGGAGCGAAUUGGGUCCGACUGAGAGAGUGUGGCUUAAUUCCAUAUCGACCGCCUAGCCCUGGACUUUUGUCUUGGAUGUUAAGAGAUGUCUUGGAUGUUUGUCCAAAAUGAAAAUCCAAGGUUACAUAUCUGGCCCAUUGAAAAUGUAAUCCCAAACUCUAACCCCCCUACAUCCUAGGCACUCCUGUAGAUCUGACCGAAUUGGAUAAUAUAAUAAAUAAUAAUAUGCCAUUUAGCAGACGCUUUUAUCCAAAGCGACUUACAGUCAUGCGUGCAUAAUUUUUUUUGUGUAUGGGUGGUCCCGGGGAUCAAACCCACUAUCUUGGCGUUACAAGCGCCGUGCUCUACCAGCUGAGCUUGUGGAAGCAAUAUUACAACCAAUCAGAGGCUAUUACCAGAAUGCUUAUACUGUAUCUAUCCAAUCCUCUCAGAUCAACAGGAGUGCCUAGGCCGGGUGUUUGAGUUUGGGAUUUAAAAAAAUGACUUUUUGAAUGGGCCAGAUGUGUAACCUUGGAGAGAUCUCAGAGUGUGUUUGUGUGUGUGUGUUUACUUGUGUGUGUGUUUAUGGGUGUUUUCUCACGUUCAACACUUCUGUGCCCCUGUUCCCCCUAUUACCCACAGAUUGAGGAGGAGAUGCUGUUGCUGCAGAACGAGCGUUCAGAGCGCAUCCGCACCCUCCUGGAGCGGCAGGCCUGUGAGAUCGAGUCCUUCGACUCGGAGAGCCUCCGUCUGGGCUUCAGCAACAUGGCCCUCACGGGCAUCCCCAGCGAGGCCUACCCCAAGCAGGGCUACCCCAAUGCCCCACCAGGGUCCCGCUCUGGCGGGGGCCACUGGAGCGACGGCAUGCACCCCCAGAUCGCCCAGCCCCAGCCGCACUCGCGCCGCAGCCACAACAGUAGUAGCAGUGGAGGGGGGAGCAGAGGAGAUUCUUCUUCUCACGGCAUUACUCUGGGGUUGGGUCUGGAGAGGGAUGGGAGGGAGGUGCAUCAUUUGUCUCACUCGUCAGCUUCCUCUUCCUCCUCCUCGUCUUCCUCCCAACAACACCACCACCGCCAUCACCUGCCGCAGCACUACCACCACCAGAGCACGCCCCAGCUCUACCGGGAGAGGGAUAGAGAGAAGGAGCGGGAGAAGGAGAGGGACAGGGAGUGGGCCGGGGCCCGGGGCGGCGGCGACCUGGCCCACCCGCAGCACCCCCACAUCUUCUCCCACCACCUGCCCUCGCGCUCCUCCUCUCAGUCCCUGGCCCUGCUGCCGCCGCCUCCACACACUCCCCCCUUCAUCUCGGGGCCCUCCUCCUCGUCCUCCUCGCAGGGAGGGGUGUACGGCGGGGGCGGGGGGCUGGCCGUCAGGGGCGGUCCCAGUCUCAUGGCCCUGAGGAACAGCCCCCAGCCGCUGAGGAGGACGGCCUCCGGAGGGGGACCCGGCGGGGCGGGUGGAGGCGACGGGGUGCUGAACCGCAGCACCUCGGUCACCUCGCACAUCUCCAACGGCUCUCACCUCUCCUACUCCUAG